AUGGCCUUCAUCGAGCCACGCCUCAUCCACCUGCUGAACGAUUCGACCACGCCUCAGCUCGCUCGCGCUGAUCUGCCUCCGUUACGCCUGGCAUAUCCUCGUCCUUCCGACCGACCCUUCCCCCUCGAGCCCGACACGUCCCAUCGCGAAGACAAAAACAAGCCUCCACCUCUCGCCACCAGCCAUGGAGCCCCGCUCGCACCUUCGAGAGGGGUCGACGACGCCUUCCCCGGCCGAGACAUGAGGAAGGACGACGAUGUCCCAACCGAACGAGGUGCCGUCAGUAGCACUGCCUACAUGCAGCUUCGACUGCUCGUAGGCGAGGAACGAGACACCACCGACUCGUCCUUUUCACUGAGCAAGAUCCUCGACGAGGUGCCUGACAACAAAGACGAUACGUCCAACAAGAAGAGACAUCGCACCAUUACCACCAAGGAUGAUUUCGUACAACUGCCCCAGCCGGUGAAGAAGCAGAAGCCCAUUCAGCCUCAGGUUAUGCCGGCCAUGCCCCCAAUCAUCAAUGGCCUCCACGAACCUCCUCCCGACGCCGCUCUGUUUCCUCCCAUCGCUAGCAAUGACUUCAAUGAACCCGAAAGUAACCAACUCAAGCCGAUGCGAGAUUAUGCCCCCGUUCAAGAGGAAAAGGAGGUCGAAAAACCGCCCGAGCCGGAGCAGACGCCAACCAAGAAUUCGAAAGCCGGUAGCGGCAAGACAAGGAAGAAGGCCAUGAAGCCGCGACGGAAAUGGUCAGAGGCGGAGACGAAUCACUUACUCCUGGGUGUUAAUCGCCAUGGCGUCGGCAAGUGGACUGAUAUCCUCGCCGAUCCGGAUUUCAACUUCAAUGACCGUACGGCCGGUGACUUGAAAGAUCGGUUCCGUACUUGCUGCCCGAACGAGCUACGCCGAACAAACAGUGAUACCAAGAUCGCUACUACCGCCGCGCAACCUACAACCCCUACGGAGCCCAAGACAAAGGCGAAGACGGGCCUCCUCUCUGAGAACAUCCUUAUUGCCCAGGAGGAGCCUGUUCUUGUUGAGGCAGCUCAGCUGGGACAGAUGGACGAGUACGGCAACCCGAGAACGAAGAAGAGUCGGGCUCACCGGAAGAAACUUGAAGACCUGGCCGAGCUGGGCAUUCACGGACCUUUCAAGAAAUCUCACCGAAGAGAACGACGACCAUUUACCGAUCAAGACGACAAACAAAUCCUCGAAGGUCUGGACAAAUACGGGCCUGCGUGGACCAAGAUCCAACGAGACCCACGCUUCAGCCUAUCAGGUCGGCAACCCACGGACCUCAGAGACAGAGUUCGGAACAAGUACCCGAAUGUUUAUCAGAAGAUCGAAAAGGGGCUGUUCCAAAUCAAGGACGGUAGAGGCAACGACACCCUCGAGCCGACGGUUAGCAUGAGCAUCAACAACACUUUGCAGCCCAACAGACCGCCUCCAAUGGAGGCGGCACUCAACAGAACCAACUCUAAGGAGGACUUGCCUAGGUGGCCCCUGUCUAUGCUUGACAAUGGGGAGUCGCCGGCUGUACAGCAAGCAGCCUUCGACUUUGGCGAAACCACAACUGCCGCGUUUAUGGGCAGCGCUGGCGAGAUGGAUAUCUCCCGCCUGCUGUUGGACGACACACAGGUCGCCAACUUGCCCAUGCGGCAAUACGCGCCCGACAUGGCGCCUGAUCCCAUGUCACCUUGA